AUGGGGGAUGGUCCGGUUCCGCCUUCUGAUCCUUCCCGUAUCUCGGUUUUUGAUCGGCUUUCACAUCUUGAUAAUGAUGUUGCGGAUAAUAUACCUAUGGGUUCGGAGAAUCUAGUCAGAGAAAAGUUAAAUUUUGCCAAAGCGGUGGGACAAGCGAGUGACACAAUCUUAAAUUUCUACCCUUUAGAGGAUAAGAAACAAGUGAGUGUGAAAAUACCUAUUGAAAUGGCUAAGGAAGCCGCUAAAGCUUAUAACUCGGUUUUGUAUGGAUAUUUUCUGGGUCCGCGCAUAUCUUUUCCCAUGGUGAAAAAUUACGUCAAACUGGCAUGGGGAAAAUAUGGUUUUAAAGAUGCUAUGCUUAAUGAAAAUGGUAUUUUCUUUUUUAAGUUUAAUGAUAUUGGUGGAUGUGAUCAAGUAAUUGAAGCAGGCCCGCUAAUGAUAAGAGGCAUACCUCUUUUUGUUCAUCGAUGGGAUCCUUCUAAGGGGUUAAGGAAACCUGUACAUACCUCAUGCCCGUUAUGGGUAAAAUUGCACAACAUCCCCUUGGUCGCUUUCAAUAAAGAGGGUGUCAGUCGCAUCGCUAGUGUGUUGGGGGUUCCGAAGCAAAUGGAUUCCUGUACGGCGGCAAUGUGUGAAAAGGCAUGGGGUCGUCCGGGUUUUGCAAAAGUUCUUGUUGAGGUAUGGGCUGUCGGUGACUUAAAAAAACAAAUUGAGGUUGAAAUCCCUGAUCGCAAUGGAGGGGUAGCUGACAAUGUGCAAAUCCAGGUGGAAUAUCUAUGGGAACCAGUUCAAUGUUCCCAUUGCCAAGUUUUUGGACAUAAAUCGUCAUCUUGUCCUAAAUCUGUAAUCAAAGGCAAGCAUGUGGAGGGGAGGAAAGAUGCAGAAGGCUUUGUUAGAGUGGAAAAGAAACAGUGGCGCGCUAAAACAGGAGGUAAUGCUAAAAAUUUUGUUCCUCGGCAAAAUAAAGUUAUGGAAAGGCAAGUCUCUAUGCCGGAGGUUGUGGGAGCCAGUACCUCGGGUAAAGACGUAAUGGAUGAUUGUAAUAAGGGCAUUUCUUUGGAUCCUUCUAAGCAACCUGGACGUUAUGAGAUGAAUAAAGGCUCAGGUACGCUUUCUAUUGGUGUUGAUUCUGGGUCUUCUUCUACACAGUCUUCCCACUCUACAAAUUCUACGACUCAGGCCACUCCCCUUAUUGAUUCUGUGGUUAAAAACUUUCGGUUGGUCUGGAGGGGUGAAAUACGUGAUCCCCCCUUAGCUGCUAAUAAAUUUGGUGUUCUUGAGAAGUUCCGUGACGUGGAACUUCAUGGGGGGGAAUCUCAUGUCGCUAGGGAUUCCUUUGAGAAUGUUUCGUCUUUUAUUUUUGGUCGGUGGUCUUGGAUUUCUAACCAAGUGGAAUGUGAUUCUGGAACUCGUAUUAUCAUUGCAUGGGAUUCACGAAUUUUAGAUGUUAUGCUUUUGGAGGUGCACAAUCAAUUCCUGAAUUGUAAGAUUAUCUUACGAGAUAAUCAGGAGGCCUUCUUUUGCUCGUUUGUUUAUGGUGCCAAUGUAUGCAAUGCUAGAAGGCAAUUAUGGUCGGGAUUGAGGAAAUUUAAGGUCUUGAUUGGUGGGCAACCUUGGGCCAUAAUGGGGGAUUUCAAUACCAUGCUUUUCCCUCAUGACGGUUUUGGGGGGUCCUCUCGUCGUAAUGCUGACAUGGCGGAUUUUUUUGCUUGUAUUGAGGAUGUUGAAGUUUUUGAUCUAAAUUACACUGGUGUCCAUUACUCAUGGAACCAAAAGCCGAAUGCUUCUGGGGGUAUCUUGCCUAAAUUGGACAGAAUUAUGGCUAACUCAGAGUUUACUUCUAAAUGCCAGGAUAUUACUGUUCAUUUCUUUCCGGCUGGUCUUUCGGAUCACUCUCCGGGUGUUUUAUCUUUUAAAGGAGGCGCUCGAAAAAGGAGGUAUGGUUUUAAAUUUGAUAAUUUCCUGACAGAACAUUCGGAUUUCUUGCAGAUUGUUCAUGAGGAAUGGUCUAAGUAUAUUGAGGGAUCCUUUAUGUUUCGGGUUACUUCUCACCUGAAAGCUCUUAAGGUCCCUUUUCGUAAGCAGAGGAAUUCCUAUGGAAAUCUUGGGCAGCGUGUUGCUUUUCUGAAAACUGAGUUAGACCGGAUCCAGAUCGAUGUGGAUAAUGAUCCUUCUAAUGCUGAUUUGGGGAGGGAUCUUGGUGAUAUUCGUCUGUCGUAUCAAUUGGCUUGUUGGGAUGAAGAAUGUGCUGCCAAGCAGCGUGCCAAAGUCAAAUGGUUAAAUGAAGGCGACUCAAAUACGAAGUUUUUCCAUAGGGUGAUUAAAGAACGUCAUCACUCUAACUCUAUCAUGUCUGUCUGUAAUAGUCGGGGCAUUUAUGUUUCUGGCGAUGAUGUCCCUAAAGAAUUUGUGGAUUAUUUUAAGAGUUUCUUUGGUGUUCGGAAUGUUUCUACAAACCCAGUUAUGGCUAAUAUUUCUUUUCCAAGGAAGUUAAUUCUGUCAGAAGCUCUUGAUAUGAUUCGGCCGGUCACGAAUGAAGAAAUUAAAAAUGCUAUGUUUAGCAUUGGAAAUCAUAAAGCCCCAGGCUCUGAUGGGUUUUCUUCAAAAAAUUUCAAGGUGUCAUGGGGAAUCAUUGGCCGUGAUGUGGAGAUAGCGGUCCAUAAUUUUUUCUAUCGAGGUAAUCUUCCGAAAGAACUGAACCAUACGCUUAUUUGUCUUAUUCCUAAAUCUGCUAAUGCUUCUAAGGUUACGGACUAUCGGCCUAUAGCUUGUUGUACUGUUCUCUAUAAAUGCAUUAGUAAAUUUAUUGCUAAUAGAAUGAAGGGGUGUCUGGAUUCUCUUAUUGAUAAGUCCCAGUCGGCUUUUAUUCCGGGUAGGAGGAUAACGGAUAAUAUCCUUAUGGCUCAUGAACUUGUUACAGGGUAUCAGUCGUUGGUUGGCCCUCCUAGAUGCGCGUUUAAAAUAGACAUUAAAAAAGCUUAUGACACGGUGGAUUGGAAUUUCCUCAUUGUUAUGUUACAGGGGUUGGGAUUCCAUCCGGUUAUGGUUAAUUGGAUAAGGGAGAUGGUGUCCACUACUUCUUUUUCUCUGGCGAUAAAUGGCAAUUCUUACGGUUUUUUCCAAGGGGGUCGGAGUCUUCGGCAAGGGGAUCCUUUAUCCCCAUAUCUGUUCACUAUUGUCAUGGAGGGCUUCUCUAUGAUUCUUCGGCAAUGUAUUCAAGAGGCUUCUAAUUUUGGAUAUCAUCGGGGUUGUGAAGAUCUUAAUAUUACACAUCUUUGCUUUGCGGAUGAUCUAUUUGUUUUUACUAAGGGCGAUGUCCAGUCAGUAGAG